AUGGACUCUACUUUACGAUCAGCCCAUGCUCCUCAAAACCCCGCUCAGCCCUUCUCCGCCACCUCGACCCUCGCGCCCUCCCCCCUCACCAACACCCUAACACAGUCGUCGAACCCUUUCGAUCUCUCCUCCAAACCGACUACCCGGGCCUUCACUGCCCCUCUGCAACCUACCUCGGCCGGGAUUCCGCAGGCCGCCAUGUCCCAGGCGCAGCCUCUCUCCCAGGCACUGAAUGACUCGUCCCACUGUGUCGGCCUUCCAGUCACUAUCCAGAACGAAAAUCCCGGAGCUGUUCCUCUAUCGGAGGCAGUAUCCGCCAAUCAGGCCGCCACCGCUUGCUACUCACACCAAGUCGAGGGCCUUGGGGGUCCAACAGCCACUGCACCAUUCCUACAAGACUUUAGCCUCGUGGCCGAAGCUGCCAAGCGAGCACAGAUGGGUAUCGUCAUGCGUGACCUCGAGAGCGUGACCUUGUAG